UGCAUCUUAGUGAGCAGCAGAAUUGGUGCUGGAACUGCCUGUCUAUAAACUCAUGAUAGAGCACUGUCUGUGAAGAUUGAGUCUGCAAUGUGGACGUUGGCACAGUCGGGACAGUUCAAUGAAGACAUGAUCCCAACAGUGGGCUUCAAUAUGAGGAAGAUCACCAAGGGAAAUGUUACCAUAAAGCUCUGGGACAUUGGUGGUCAGCCUCGUUUUCGUAGCAUGUGGGAGCGAUACUGCCGAGGAGUCAGUGCCAUCGUAUACAUGGUGGAUGCUGCAGACCAGGAGAAGAUUGAGGCCUCAAAGAAUGAACUUCACAACCUGCUCGACAAGCCACAGCUCCAGGGCAUCCCUGUUCUAGUACUUGGAAACAAGCGAGAUCUCCCUGGUGCCUUGGAUGAGAAAGAGCUUAUUGAGAAGAUGAACCUGUCUGCCAUCCAAGACCGAGAGAUUUGUUGCUAUUCCAUCUCCUGCAAAGAAAAGGAUAACAUUGACAUUACCCUACAGUGGCUUAUUCAGCACUCGAAGUCCAGGAGGAGCUGAGAGCCCUUGGACCACAUCUUGGAUUGGGAAGAUGCCAUUGUACAAGCCCAAAUCCCCCUCCCAUUCUCCCUGUUCCCUGCUUUCUCUGUUCCUCUCUCCAGCUCUCUCUCUAGAUGGGUAUUUUUAGGGGACCCCAGGCUCCUCUCCUGCUGAGAUGGAGCUCUUGUUUUUAUUGUAAAGAAACUGUCUGACUUUGGAAUCUCUCUCCCUCCUCCCUUCUUCCUCUCUCUGUCUCUCCCCUCCCAUUUUUGGCACUGUUCUGUUGUUGUCAAUGUGUAUACAGUAUAUAUAUAUAUGUAUAUAUAUUUUAAUUUUUUAAUUUAAGCGAUUACGCUAUUACUAAACUAGGCCCUGUGACCUGUAGAAGUGCUGGGGAGCCCUCCCCCACCUCCUUGAAGGCAGGUUGAGCACCAGAGGCAGUAUUGGAAAGUGAAGAAGAGUAGUAUGUCCAGGCAAGGGCUAGCAGCUGAGCCUGGCCCCUAGGCAGAGUGGGGCUGGGCCAUGCAGCAGGCAGACUCCUGGGGAGGCUGCUUUCUUCCCUCUCAGGCCCAUGGGGCUCGUCCAGUAUCUCCACUCCCCAGUGAGUGUCUGGAGCUCUUGCUGCCUGCCUGCUGCAUGCCCACCCUGUCUCUUGUGAUGGAUUGAGCCCUUCUUCGGGUACUGCCCUGAGUGAAGUGGGUGAUUUGUGAGGGGCUGGGGGAGACAUUGUUCUGUUUGAGGUCAGCAGUCUGAUCUGACUUGGGUGAGUCAGUGCUGUUCCCAUCUGUAGAGCCCACCCCUCUGCUUCAUUCCCCAGCAUUUCACCUCCAGCUACAGGGUCACAAGGGGACUGGUCACUAACUGGUGGGGUAAACUCCCUGCCUCCCUCUUCACCCCAGUCUGUUACACAAGCCCCUGAAGUCUUUGUAGUCUGCUCUCCUGGUUUAGGUGUUGUUCUCCUGUGCUCCUCUCUUCCCUGGGCUGCUGCAGGCUGGGAUUUGGGGGCAGGGGCAAAUCACUUUUAGGUCCAUAGAAACUGCCCGGGAGGAACUUGCAGUGUGACAUGGAGGGGUCAGUGUGAACUUGGCACCCGAGGUACUGUGAUUUAUGCACAGAAAAUCCCUGCUGUGUCCUGAGCUGUGGAGUGACCUGUGGCUGGCUGAGCAUGCCCUGCCCAGGUCCUGCAUGGGUCAUUGUGAAGAGGUCCCAUGGACUUUAUGCAACAGCCAGCCACUGGCUCAGCACCAAAGCACAUUCCACUAAAGAGGGCUAACAACAGUUUAAAUUACUUUAGGACUGGAACUAUACUAAGGUGCUUGUUUAGUACAGGAUGACAAAACUGAGCACCCUUUCUACCCACCUCCAACUGCCAGCUCCCUGCCUCCAUGCCCCUGAGUCCUCUGCAGUCCCCUGUGUUAGAGUUCAGCUGUGAGUGUGUUGCCAUAGGACAUGCACCCACAUCUUGGGCAAUCAGUGGCUUGGUCUCUGUUUUGCAGCCAACCAAGACUUUUCUGCAAAAGCUGCACAAGGACUCUUUGCUCUAACAGCAUGGCUACCCCUUUCUUUGCUCCCAAGCUAUUAUAUAGGACUUUCUUGCUGAAGCCUGGCAGCCUUGGGAUCUUCAGGCUUCUCGUGUGUGCCUGCAGUCUGGGAGUGAUGGUCUUGCUCCAGGUUCUGGCAGGGCAGUCUCUUCAUAGGCAUGCUCCCUGUGCCACUGUCAUAUGGUUCUCUGGUUUCCUGUGGUUCCCCUGGGAUUGGAUGCUAGUGAGGAUUUCCCCUGUUUUGGGGGCAAUGGUGUCUCUUCAGGGGCUUAGGAGCCCCUGUGGAGCAAGGUGGGAGACUCAUGGCAGUAAUGCUGCUCCGGAGGGCCCUAGAAACUACAGAAGAGUGCCUAGUUAUGGUUCCCCGCAGAUGAGGGUUCUUCCUGCGGGGGGUCUUCAGUGGUGGCUCCUUGGAGGACGUCCCAUGGACUAAGAAGGAACUGGCUUGUAUCUGGCUUGCGUGACUGUGGGAUAGAUGCAGGAUCACUGGACAUGGGCAUUUCCAGAGGGGUGUCUUACCUCUUCCCUUCUAGUGCUUCGGUGGAAAGGGGCAGGCAGGUCUGUCUCAGCAGAAUGGAAAGGCUGCCAGGUGGUUGUCCCUGUCUGUCAUGUGUUACUGUGUGUGAGUGGCUGGGUCUCUUGCACAGGCUUAGAGCCUUGCUAGUUCUGCUGUACAGCUAGUGGCAAGGAUGGGAGUGGCAGGAGGGGAAAGGCAUUCUAGCACCAGGCCUUGCAGUCCACCUGACUUCUGUGCUCUGCUGGUGUCUGCUAUCCCUGAGACUGCAGGUGACUUGGCAGACCAGGGAGCAAAGUAUGGGGACAGUGAGAUUUUUGUGCACUCUUAACCUCUUUCCAGCCAAGGGCAGAUGGCUGUUAUCUAGAUGCAGUUAUAUCCCUCUCUAUCCAGUAUGUUAGCUAAGAGGCAGUUAUGUCUUCAGAGCAGCUGGCAGCCUUGUGAGAGUCUGCAGGGUCCCUUCUCAACCCCAUCCCACCCUGCACGGAGCUGGCCCCACUGGGGGCUCUCAGACUUCAUUGUUCUUCUCUUCUGUUCUUGUUUUUGCAGAAUUGCACAAGGAGAUAUUUCCAUUUUUUAUUUAAUGAACUGUAAAGUGUCGUCAUAUUAUUCCUUUUUUAAGAUAUAUUUUUGGCUCAUACUUGCCCUCUGUUGGGAAAUGAUUCUUGUAACUGUAUAAUUUUUUUUUUUUUUUUUUUUUUUGCCUCCUAAUAAUAAAUUAACAAUUUUGUGCUG